AUGGGUCGCAUGCACAGCAAUGGCAAGGGAAUUUCUUCCUCCGCCAUCCCAUACUCUCGCGCUGCUCCGGCAUGGUUGAAGACCACUCCUGAGCAGGUCGUUGACCAGAUCUGCAAGCUCGCGAAGAAGGGUGCUACACCUUCGCAGAUUGGUGUUGUCCUUCGUGACAGCCACGGUGUUGCUCAGGUCAAGAUCGUCACCGGAAACAAAAUUCUCCGAAUCCUCAAGAGCAACGGCCUUGCACCAGAGAUCCCCGAAGACCUCUACAUGCUGAUCAAGAAGGCCGUUGCCGUCCGAAAGCACCUCGAGCGCAACCGAAAAGACAAGGACAGCAAGUUCCGUCUGAUUCUGAUCGAGUCGCGUAUCCACCGUCUCUCACGAUACUACAAGACCGUCGGUGUCCUUCCCCCGACCUGGAGAUACGAGAGCGCCACUGCCAGCACCUUGGUCGCAUAA